AAUCGGGGGAUGUGGAAAGCAUCUCCCAGGCAGCACAGCUCCCCCUCCUUGCAACACACACACAGCUGUGUGAGGGGAUUGCUGGCAUUUGCUUCUGACCAAGGAAAGGCUCAGAGUGCCUGGGAAUGUGAGUCCCAAGCAAAGUAGCCAGCUCCUUUGUCUUUGGAUUGACUGACCCAGCACUGAACUGAUUUGGCUCCUGGGGACUGGAGAAGCACACAGGCAAAUGCUCUUCUCUCUCCUGGUCGGAAGCUUUUGGUUUGGUGCCUUUUUACUGUAAUUGCCAAAUCCAUCAGUCGUUGCAGGCUCUCUCCAAGACUUGAUCCUAUUUCACCUUCUGCUCAGGAGGGAUAGCCAGCCAGUUUCAACAAUGCUCACAGAAAAGUGCUUGGGAUUUUUUUAUUCUGGACUAUGUCUCUGGGCAUCCUUGUUCCUGUCUUUCUUUAAAGUCUCUCUGCAGGGUGAAAGCCAGAGGCGCUUGUACAGAGAGCUGCUGAGAAACUACAAUCGUCUUGAGCGACCGGUCAUGAAUGACUCCCAGCCCCUUGUAGUUGAGCUUCAGCUUUCUUUGCUGCAGAUAAUUGACGUGGAUGAGAAGAACCAGGUGUUGAUCACAAAUGCUUGGCUACAGAUGUACUGGGUUGAUAUUUACUUGUCUUGGGAUCAGUACGAAUACCCAGGAGUGCAGAACUUACGAUUUCCUGCUGACCAGAUUUGGGUACCAGACAUUCUUCUGUAUAACAGUGCGGAUGAAAGAUUUGAUGCAACAUUUCACACAAAUGUGCUGGUGAAUUACUCUGGAUCCUGCCAAUAUAUUCCUCCAGGCAUCUUGAAGAGCACCUGCUACAUUGAUGUCCGCUGGUUUCCCUUUGAUGUGCAGAAGUGUGAUUUGAAGUUUGGCUCCUGGACUCACAGUGGCUGGCUGAUUGACCUGCAGAUGCUUGAUGCUGAUAUUUCCAACUACAUCUCAAAUGGAGAGUGGGAUUUAGUGGGUGUCCCAGGAAAGAGGAAUGAGAUGUACUACGAGUGCUGUAAAGAACCCUACCCAGAUGUGACGUACACCAUCACCAUGCGCCGACGCACCCUCUACUAUGGCUUGAACCUACUGAUUCCCUGUGUCCUCAUAUCUGGCUUGGCUCUGCUUGUUUUCCUUCUGCCAGCUGAUUCAGGAGAGAAGAUUUCUUUAGGUAUCACUGUUCUGCUUUCCCUGACUGUGUUCAUGCUGCUUGUGGCUGAGAUCAUGCCUGCAACUUCUGACUCAGUCCCACUAAUAGCUCAGUAUUUCGCUAGCAUCAUGGUCAUCGUUGGUCUGUCUGUGGUUGUAACAGUGCUGGUUCUGCAGUUUCACCAUCAUGACCCACAAGCUGGAAAGAUGCCCAGAUGGGUCCGUGUCAUUCUGCUGAAUUGGUGUGCGUGGUUUUUACGUAUGAAAAAACCUGGAGAAAACCUAAAACCCCUCUCUUGCAAAUAUAGCUACCCCAAGCACCAUCCAAGUGUGAAGAGCGUGGAGAUGAACACCCUGCCUGGGCACCAGUCCAGCAAUGGCAACAUGAUCUACAGCUACCAUGCAAUGGAGAAUCCGUGCUGCCCCCAGAACAAUGACCUCGGUAGCAAGAGUGGAAAGAUCUCUUGCCCCUUGCCAGAAGACAAUGAGCUUGUUCAAAAGAAAGCUUUAAUGGAUACUAUCCCAGUGAUUGUGAAGAUCCUGGAGGAAGUUCAGUUCAUAGCAACGCGCUUCAGGAAGCAAGACGAGGGUGAAGAGAUCUGCAGCGAGUGGAAGUUUGCAGCUGCAGUUAUAGACAGAUUAUGCCUGGUUGCAUUUACCCUUUUUGCCAUCAUUUGCACAUUUACAAUACUCAUGUCUGCUCCAAACUUCAUAGAAGCUGUUUCAAAGGAUUUUACAUAAGGAUUUCAAAGAUAAACACAAAGAGCAGAAAGGUAACUUAAAAGUGAAUAUUACCAGUAAUUCUGCUAAGUAAUUUAACUCAAAAGAGAGAAGUGUACUUUUAUGUGCUAACAUACACUGAUGGGGAUAAAAUUAAUUUUAGGAGAUAAUUAUUACUGAUGUUAGUAAUUGUAGCUACUGAAUAGUAUACAUAUUGAGCUCUGUUACUUAUUUCCUAGACUAAUUCCACGCGUAAUUAUGUCAUCAUCUGCUACAAAUAAUAGACAAGAAUUCAAGUGCACAACGCAUUUAUUACAAGUUAACAGUAGUGUCAAUGUGUUACUAUGUAUUGGUGAACUCUUAAAUAUUGUUAAUAAGUUAAAUGGUACAUUCAUGACUGUAAGAUUUACAGCAUUUUAUUGUUUUCAGUCUCUUUAUGGUUUAUCAUUUUUGUUUAGUGCGGUUGUGAAAUUUACUUCUCAGAUUUGACAGACAUCUCUCUGCAGUUUUAUGAUCCUGAAUAUUGCAUAUAAGAAAAUAAACUAUCAUCUUCUUAGCUCUUACCGGUGCAGUGUCUGGAAUGUUUUAUCAGUAAAUAUGUUAACAGAUUUUAUUAUUAUUAUUGUUAUUUUUUUUUUUUUGCCAGAAUAUCACCUUUCUGUUAAUUUGUUUCUAAUAUAUGAAAUGUUGGCUGUUGAGGAUGGAAAGAAAAUUCAUGCUGACAAUCACACAUAUCAUUAACAGAACACCUCCAGUGCUCUUGCUGCUUAACUGUAGAUGUCAUCUUCACUUAAUCUGAAAUAUCUCUGAUUUCUUGGGUCACAGUUGCCAACGUAGAGUGACUAUCUCUGUGUAAUUAGGGCAAUAGUGUUGCCUUUGCAUAAUCUGUAGCAAAUUUGCCAAUGAUUUCAUUGGUGUCAGAUUCCAUAUUUAUUGUCCGUGGUCUACACCACAUUUAAGCAACAUUUUUUGCAAAUCUUUUAGUACAGUUCACUUUCAAGCUAGGUUGAUAUGACUUUGUUA